AUGGGAGAAAAGAACUCAACUAACAAGAAUCAGAUACAAGAAGACGAUUUGUCGCCUGAUGAGGAUUUUAGUGACACUGAAGAGUCUAGAACAUUAACAAUUAAACUCAGCAUCCUUUCCUCAAGAAAAGUUACAAAGAAACCCAUGAAUUUCCUGAUCCCAAAUACAUGUUCGACCUCAAGACAAAAGGGCUCACUACUCGUGAAAAAUUUGUUUGCAUGGUGGAAUGAAAACCAUCCAGAUUGUCAAAUCACAGUUGAUUCUAUUAAGAAAUGGACUUAUCGCGAAGAUCAAGAUCCUUCAACCUAUAAUUUCCACUGGAGCGAGUAUGGAGAUUGA